AUGAACAUGAGACAUAACAAGAGCACCGCCAUAAUAACGUUCGCCCCUCUUCCCCCUGGCCCCAUCCCACUGGCCCCAUCCCACGCACAGUCAACACGACGAAACGACGCGCACAACGGUAUCCUCCUAGCGCAAGACAUGGAGCAGUCAUACGUCACAGUGACCAUCAAUAGAGCACGAGGUCUCCCUCUGCUUCGAGACAAGAUUCGCAGAAACAGGCGCUUCUUUGUUACUAUAACCGAUGGGCGAACAACGAAGAAGACCAAGGCUACUCGGAGCAUGCAACAGGCGGUACAAUGGAAUGAGACGCUUGACGCAUUUGUUGUAUGCCCUUCUUCCCAUCUCACACUGUGCCUCUAUGCAGCGCGCAGAUUCCACCCGGAGGAUAUCUCUGUUGGAAGGUGUGAGAUACCCUUCAGAUCUCUUCUCUCCUCUUCUCAAAGCAAUAGUCCCUUCAUUCUCAGUGGUGCUAACGCUGAGCACCAAGCCACCAUCUACCUUACGAUCGCCGUAUCACCCAACUCCGCAGCCACAAACACCUCCAACCCUGAAGCGGAUAACUAUACGAACAACGACUUGAAUGUAACUCAUUCCACCUCUGGAUCUGCUUCACGCCACGCAGGGGGUGAUUUUUCCGGCGCAAGCGGUACAGCUAUGCCACCGGUAGAUGGAGCCCUUCGUAAGGCUGACCAAGCCAUGGAGAGCAUGCAGUCUGCGACAUGUUGUGCCACAACAACAGCGGGGGGUGUCAUGAGUGCCUCAGAGGCGGCGAAUAGCGCCGCCGACCUGUAUACAACCUGGGAGAAAGCGGUCAGAGCUAUCAAGCAAAUCGUCGACGUCGCAGACACAAUUGCAGAGAUCCACCCAUAUGCGAAGAUGGCAUGGAGUGUGCUUUCUAUAAUCCCCAAGACUAUUCUGGACCAGGUCGCACGCGACGAGAACGUCCUCCUGCUACUUCAAGCCAUACAUGACGUUUUCGAUCUCACAAAGGUGGCCGACCGCUUGAGAAACAUCGAGCCCAAAUCCAAGCAGUCACAGAUCCUUAUGGCCAUGCUCCAGCACGUCUGUAAUUGCGGCGAUUUUAUCCAAUCGUAUGCAAGGGAUGCAAAUUUCUGGCGGCGGGUUCUCAAGAAUAUCAGCGGUGAAGGCGAUACCGAAAUUGAGGACUACCGCUCAACCCUCUUCCGUCUGCGGGACCUCUUCUUGGACCACGCUACCAUCACGACUGACAUUUCCACCGAACUGAAGGCAGUUUCGAAUCAAGUCCUUGAUGCCAGUUUGGAUGCAAAAAUCCGUGAAAUUCCAUAUGGGAAGGGUUCGCGAUAUAGCCCUGAAAAACGCUGCCUUCCUGGAACGCGUACAAAAUUCUUGGACUACAUCGUUAACUGGGCAAAUGACCCUGAAUCUGAGCGUGCCCUCAUUCUCUUCGGACAGGCAGGAACCGGGAAAUCGGCAAUUGCACAUGAGGUUGCGCAUCGUUUUGAUGAUAUGCAUCGCCUCAGUUCGUCAUUCAUCUUUAGACGAGCAGAGGGAUCCAAACCUUACCUCCUUUUCACAACACUUACUCUUGACCUGUCCGACCGUUCAAAGCAGCACUGGGGAAAGUCCUCAAGGAUGAUACAUCUCGUCGUGUGGGUGCCCAAGACUACAGCACUGCAGAGCUUGGUCGAUGAUGCCUCCGCGUUUGUGCGAUAUUUCGGAAUGCCGAUCGCAAGAAGUGCGCCGCAUAUCUACAUCUCUGCUCUUCCCUUUGCCCCAACCUCUUCCCGCAUUGCCAACUGUUAUUCCAGUCGAUUUCCCAACACAUUGACAGUCCAACACGGGCGAUCAUCUCAUUGGCCAGGAUUAUAG